GGAUACACAGGAAACCGCAGGAUCCCAUUUUGAAUUGAAACUCCCGUAAUGGUAAAAGUCUUCUCACCGCAAUGUCUUGUCUAUGGAGAUCUCACAGCGCUGUUUGUGGACCUUUGUGAUGGACCCUAAAUUAUGCUCCAUACCCUUCUUCCAGUUCCUCUGUGUACCAGCUUGUUCCAGGAGCAAAAGACAGAGCUAGUUCAUACAGAUGCCAGAGAACAGCAGGGCUCACCUGGGCCCUUACUCCGCACGAUGUCACAGGGAAAAGGAAGGCGUCUUUUUUGAGUCCUACUACCGAUUGCGUCAGCAGUAUCCAGUAAUCCUUCUUCUGCUGCUUAUUGUCCUAGCAAUAUGCUGCUCGCUUAUAGCCACCACCUUUGCCACCGGGCGGGCGUUCUUGGACAAUACUGGCUUCCUGGUGAGCGUUUUUUGUGCCUUGGGAGUGUUCGCUAUACUCUUCAUACUGGUGUGCAUAGAAACUGUGCUGCGGAAGGGUAUAAAGUUAUUAGCAAUCGUCAUCUGGGGAUGCUUGGUAGCCAUGGGCUAUGCGUUCAUUUUCACAAGCAGUGUUGUUACUCCAUGGGACCAGGUUUAUUGGACGUUAUUUGUGACGAUCAGCCUGUACACCAUGCUCCCAUUAUGUAUGAAAGGGGCGAUCGUUGCUGGGCUUACCUGCUCAGUGUCGCAUAUCAUAGUGCUCAGUGUCUACGUGUCAUCAUCAAGUCAGCAGAAUGCAGGAGAUUUUGCCGUACAGAUGAUCGCUGACGCAGUCAUCUUGCUGUGUGGAAAUGUGGUGGGAGGUUAUCACAAGCGUGUCACGGAGAGUGCAUUAAAGGACACUUAUCGCGAAGCCAUCAACUUCAUUCAUUCCAGACGUAAGCUGGACUCUCAGGAGAGGCAGCAGGAACAGUUGUUACUUUCCAUCUUACCACAGUAUAUAGCCACCGAGAUGAAAGAAGAGAUCAUAGAGAGGCUGAAAGAAAAGAGGCCGCAGCAGGAGAGUACCAACAACUUUCAUAAUCUGUAUAUCAAACGGCACAAAGAUGUAAGUAUUCUGUAUGCAGACAUCGUUGGCUUCACACUUCUCUCAAGCGAGUGCUCCCCAAAGGAGUUGGUCCUCAUGUUAAAUGAGCUUUUUGGAAAGUUUGACCAGAUAGCAAAGGAAAACAACUGCAUGCGCAUCAAGAUCCUGGGUGAUUGCUAUUAUUGUGUGUCAGGGCUGCCAGAAUGCUUACCCGACCAUGCCAAAAACUGUGUGCAGAUGGGUUUAGACAUGUGCCAGGCAAUCCGGAAGCUGCGUAAGGCUACAGGUGUGGAUAUUAACAUGCGCGUUGGAGUACAUUCAGGAAACGUAUUGUGUGGAGUCAUUGGGCUCCAGAAAUGGCAAUAUGAUGUCUGGUCACAUGAUGUAACAUUGGCCAAUCAUAUGGAAGCAGGUGGAGUUCCAGGGAGAGUUCAUAUUACAGAAGCCACUCUGUCCCAUCUUGGAGGUGAUUAUGAGGUAGAGGAUGUAACUCAUCGGCAGAGAGACCCCUACCUUAAAGAAAAUAACAUAAAAACAUAUCUCGUUAUUGACCCCAGGGCUAGUGAUGACAGUGAGGAAGAUGACAUAUUUCCAAACAAGUCUGUUGAGGUCACCAAGACAAGGGCAUCUGUUCGAAUGACACGCUAUCUGGAAUCUUGGGGGGCUGCUAAACCAUUUGCACACCUUAACCACAGAGACAGCCUCAUACCGGAAGCCCUAAGUUCCUCCCGCAUUAUGGAUCUCCCAAUGUCAUCUAUACAUACAACCCGGAAUACUGACAAAUCUCGUUCUCCAAAGGAGACAAAUGAGCCAUCCAAUGAGAACAUCUUUAAUGUUCUGGAGGAGCUGAACUCCCUAAGGCAGUGGAAGAAAUCUGAUGAUUUUAACCGGGUCACCCUCUACUUCAAUCAGCCAGCAAUAGAGAAAGAGUACCGGCUCUCUGACCUGCCAUCGUUCAAAUAUUACACAGCCUGUUGCUUCUUCAUCUUUACCUGCAACUUUGCUGUCCAGAUGUUGGUGUCUCCCAAGAACAUAGCUCUUGGCAUCUCGUAUGGCAUAUCUUAUUUCAUAUUCCUACUCUACUUAUUUACUUGCUUUGCUGGACAUCUGGUGAAAUGUAUCCUCAAAGGACCUCAGAUCCUGCACUGGGUUCCUUCUCUCUCCUCUGCAGUCUCCAGCAAGCCCUGGUUCAGAGUGCCCUUUGGAAUCCUGAUCAUUUUCACUGUCAUGUUUAUGGCAGUAUUCAACAUGUUUUUUCUACCUGAUGAAGCAUGUCCGGGAAUGUCAUUUAAUACGUCUGUAACUCCAUUCACUGAAUCUCUAACAGUAUAUAGCCUGCCGUAUUACAUGUACUGUUGUAUUCUGGGGCUUCUGGCUUGUUCUGCCUUCUUGAUUAUGAACUUUGAAGUCAAGCUGAUCCUUCUCAGCAUUGCCCUGGUGAUCUACAAUAUCAUCUUCUUGCACACUCACAGCUGGUUGUCGGACUGUUACAUGGAUUGGCUUCUUAAGAACCAGAACAUCUCUAGGCCUGGAGUCCUAAAAGAGCCACAAAUUAUGGGCAGUGUUGCAUUAUUUAUCUUCUUUUUUACUCUUCUUGCCCUGGCCAGACAGAAUGAAUUUUAUUGUCGCCUUGACUUUCUGUGGAAAAGGAAGUUUAAGAUGGAGCAUGAACGUAUUGAGACUAUGGAGAAUCUGAACAGGGUCUUACUAGAAAAUGUACUCCCUGCUGAUGUAGCCCAGCAGUUCAUUGGACAGAACCUAAGGAAUGAGGACCUGUAUUACCAGUCCUAUGACUGUGUCUGCGUCAUAUUUGCUUCCAUACCUGACUUCAAGGAAUUUUACACGGAGUGUGAUGAAAACCAUGAGGGCCUAGAGUGUCUAAGGCUACUUAAUGAGAUUAUUGCUGACUUUGAUGAGCUACUUUCUAAGCCAAAGUUUAGCAGUGUUGAAAAAAUAAAGACCAUUGGUAGUGCAUACAUGGCAGCGACGGGAUUAAAUGCCACAUCUGGACAAGAAAACCUUCAGGAUGGUGACAGGAAUUUUAACCACAUCGGAAUCAUGGUGGAAUUUGCUACUGCAAUGAUUGGAAAACUUGACGUCAUCAACAAGCACUCUUUUAACAACUUCAAACUUCGCGUAGGUAUUAAUCAUGGACCUGUAGUAGCUGGGGUAAUAGGAGCACAGAAGCCUCAGUAUGACAUCUGGGGGAACACUGUCAAUGUGGCAAGUCGCAUGGACAGUACUGGAAUACUUGGCAAAAUCCAGGUCACAGAAGAAACCAGUAAAGUACUUCAGAAGCUGGGAUAUACUUGUGAACGGCGAGGGGUCAUCAAGGUUAAGGGUAAAGGUCAACUCUGUACCUAUUUUGUUAUCAAUGACAUGGCCAGAUCCAAUUCCCAGGGAAACGUUCUAAAUUAAGCCAUGGAAAGACAACUGCAUCAUACUUUGUGGAUUUCCAAGGGCAAGAACAUAAUAAAGUCCAUGAGAUAAUGCCUCUGUUUUCAACUUCAGAGGGAGAGGACUCAACAGCUGAAAACAAACUCUUCAGAUGAAAACCACUUCUGAAAGAUUAGGAGGAGGCUCAUGACUAGACAAAGCCUGAGGAAAUAUGGACAGCCACAUAUAAGAGCUGUAGACCCUGGGAAAAGACAAAUAUUCUCUGGAGUGCCCUCCGCAGGACAUGAGGACACUCGCCAAGCACUGCCAUACAGUACAGUGGACAUCGUGUUGUCGGCUUUUUGGAAUCGCCCAAACAUCUCAUUUGAAUGUUGUCAUGUCUGAUUUGCUACACAAAACCGUGACAGUGUGCAACAGAAGAUGAAAAUGUUAUCAGCCUGUGACCUGCCAAAGCAAAGUGCAAUUCCUCCCCCUAGUGAGGACUGCUGCACAUUGUUGCACAAAUAAACCUAUUGUAUUCAUGCUGUGAUGCAGUUCAUGAAGAUGAGAGAGAGAGAGAGCAAGCUGGGACUGGCCCACUGUUAUUACCAGAGACGGAGACGGAGAAGGUGUUUCUGUACUCUAGCACUGCUCAGUGCAGUUCAGUACAUGUCAUGUACAUAGUUAUAUUUAUAUAAAGCAUUGUCACUCCCAUUGUAUUUAUUCAUCAUAAUAAAAUCUUGUUAGUAAAUAUUUUUUCUAUGGAUGGGAAUGUUAGAACGACCAAAAAUGAAGAAAGUGUUUUGUUCCUCUUCA